AUGUUUCAACCCCAACUACCAUUGCUCGGGUUUUCCUUGCCCAAUGCUCCAUUACCUUCCACAGGAAAAGACUCACAUUUUAAAUUUGAGCCGUUUCUGAGAAAGGAAUACGGAUUAGGUUUGAACCCGGACAGACCAGUUUGUAAUUUCUGGAUCACGUCUGGGGAAUGCCCCAAUGGCACCAACUGUGAAAACAAGCAUGUCUCCAAGAUGUUUUCCAACAAAAUCGUUUGUAAGCAUUGGUUACGUGGUCUUUGUAAGAAGGGAGAUGACUGCGAGUUCUUGCAUGAGUAUAACUUUCGUAAACUACCCGAAUGUGUCUUCUUUAGUAAGAAUGGAUUCUGUACGCAAACACCUGAAUGUUUGUACCUCCAUAUUGAUCCCCAGACAAAAGUUUCAAACUGUCCAAACUAUGAACAGGGAUUCUGUCCCGAUGGUCCUAAAUGCUCGAGAAGACACAUCAGAAAAGUAGCCUGUCAAAAUUAUAUGACCGGUUUUUGUCCUUUAGGGAAGAAUUGCGAACUUGCACAUCCAAAAUAUGAUCCAAAUUUGAUCCAGCAUCGUAUGUUGAUUAGAUCAGAUGAACAGAUAAUAAAAGAUAAGGAGGAGGAAGAAGCUAAGCAAAAACUAAGACAGGAACAUCUGGCUCAACAGCAACUGCUCCAACAACAGCAACAAAUACAGCAACAGCAGCAAAUACAACAACAGCAGCAAAUACAACAACAGCAGCAACAGCCAGAACCUGAAGUCCAUAAUGCUCCUCCCACAGAACAAGCGCAGUAA